GAUCGAAGGCUUAUGGGAUUGUCUCUUUCGUUGCUUCAAUCCGCCUGGAAACAAAUUGUAAGUCACAGGUUCUUUGAUUUGGCCUGUAACAUCAGUCUAGAUUCGAAACAUGGGGAGGUUGUUUUCCGGGUGAAUAGUUUCAAGAGAACGGAUUCGGAGGCCGUGAUCUAUUCGAAAACCUGUGAUGAUGAUCAUGGGAUGUUGCUUGAGAAGACUCUUUCGUUCAAGGGUCUGGUUCAAAGGAAACCAUCAUCUGCAGGUUCCACUGGGUUAUCUCAUAGGCCGAUUCCUACACUUUCUCUACCCGAACCGACGAUUUUGUUCUCUCCGAGACCCGCAACCGAGCUUGAUGCGGCUGCCGUGAAGCUUCAAAAGGUCUACAAGAGCUACCGGACUAGAAGAAACCUCGCGGAUUGUGCGGUGGUGAUCGAGGAGCUAUGGUGGAAGGUGUUAGACCUUGCGGAGCUCAAACAAAACUCCGUGUCGUUCUUCGAAGUCAAGAAACCGGAAUCCGCCGCCGCACGGUGGGUUAGAGCCAAGACCAAAGCAGCAAAGGUAGGAAAAGGGUUGUCUAAGGAUGAAAAGGCUAAAAAACUAGCCCUUCAACACUGGCUUGAAGCAAUUGAUCCACGACAUAGAUAUGGUCACAACUUACACAUGUAUUAUGAUGUUUGGUUCUCGAGUGAAAGCUCCCAGCCUUUCUUCUACUGGUUGGAUGUUGGAGAUGGGAAAGAGGUGAAUCUCGACAAAUGUCCAAGGAAAAAGCUUCACCAGCAAUGCAUCACUUAUCUUGGACAGAAAGAAAGGGAAGAAUAUGAGGUAAUAAUUGAGAAGGGGCGGCUUGUUUAUAGGCAGAACGGAUCACCGGUGGAUACGACGGCCGGUGAAUCCAAGUGGAUAUUUGUCCUUAGCACAAGUAGAGCCUUGUAUGUUGGUCAAAAGAGAAAGGGCAAAUUCCAACACUCGAGUUUUCUCGCCGGCGGUGCCACCACGGCAGCCGGAAGAUUAGUUGCUCGUGAUGGGGUUCUCGAGGCUAUAUGGCCAUAUAGUGGUCACUAUCACCCAACGGAAGAGAAUUUCAUGGAAUUCAUUAGCUUCCUUGAGGAAAACCACGUUAAUCUCACAAAUGUCAAGAGGUUCUCCAUUGAUGAUGACAACUCGUACGGGCAGACCCCGGAUAAAGAAUCCGAACCCGAAUUAGUAACCGGUCCCGACGAAACCCGAAAACCCAAUGUCGACGACAAAGAUGGCAGUGUCCGAGGGACAAGUACAUGUACAAGCAGAGACAACCAUCACAAAGAUGGUAACAUGAGCACCAAUGAUGCAGGUGCCAAGGGAGAAGUACCGAGGUUCAACAUGGCGAAUAGGCUGUCGUGUAAGUGGACGAGUGGUGUCGGACCCCGUAUCGGGUGCGUCCGAGACUACCCGAGCGAGCUUCAAUCGAAAGCACUCGAGCAAGUGAACUUGUCGCCGAGGGUAGUUCCGGGCACGGUGAAGUUGUUGGGCCCAAUUCCUUCGCCCCGGCCCAGUCCAAGAAUCCAUCUUUCCCCUAGGAUUGCAACUAUGGGUCUGCCCAGUCCAAGGCCCAUUGCGAUGUGAGAUA